AUGCAAUCAAUCGAUUUAUCAUUUAAUUAUGAUAAUCAAUCGGAACUUUCAUUGAUUCAUCUAUGGAAAUUAACUAAUAAUCCUUUCAUAUCAACCAAAUCAAAUUCUUCAACUGAAAGAAUUAAUAAUCGAUCUUGGAGAUUAUUAAAUAAAAAAUUAUUAUUAUCAUCAUCAGUUAAUUCAAAUUCUAUUCCACCCCAUAUAAACAAUAAUGUUUCUAAUCAAAAAUCAAAUCAACCACUUGAUAUUAAUUUAAAUCUUUCAAAAAGUUCUUUAACUGAUAUAUUACCUGCUCCUAUACCUCCUCCCCCUCAUCAUCAUAAUUCAAAACAAACUUCUUUAUUAUCUCAUUCUUCAAAAUUAAGUUUAAUGUCAACCACAAGAAAUUCAACUAAUGGUAGUCAUAUUGAAAAGAAUCAUAGUAAUCAUAAAUAUUUACAUCAUGAUGGUGAGGAUGAUGAAGAUGAUAUUCCAUCUUCUGAUUUAGAUCAUGAUCAUAAUGAUGAUGAAUAUGAUGAUGAUGAUGAUGAUGAUGAGGAAGAGGAUGAAGAAAUUCAGGACAUUCAUUUAUCAAAACCUAAUAAAGUUAAUGAAAGACAAAGUUCAGCAAGUUCAUUAUUUUAUACAAAUGAAUCACAAUCACAACCCCAAUCUCAACAAACAAAGAAUAUUUUUUAUAUUGCCAAUUCUCCUUCUCCUCCUGAUCAAAAAAAUCAUCAUCAUGAAUUAAGUUUACAACAACAAUUGUUAAAACUGCAACCACCACCAACUCAAUCAAAUCAUCAUCAUUCCCACAGUAUAUCGCCUUUACAUCAACAACAACAUACUCAAUCUCCUUUGCAUAAUCAACAACAACUUAAUCAAACGAGUAAACCAACUACUACUACUACUACUACUACUACUACUGCCCCACCACCGCCUAUAGCUAGACAAAGUUCAUUAUUCAGUAAUAAUUAUCAAAUCCAAUCUAAAUCUAUUGCCAAUUACGACACAGAAGGUUAUUCAUCUACUGAUAUCGAUGAAGAUGAUGAAGAUAUCUUGGAAGAAGACGAAGGAGAUGAUGAGGAUGAUGAUGAAGUAGAUUAUCGACCACCUGUGAUUCAAAAAUCAAAUUCGAAAUUUUUUGAAAAAAGAUCAUCAUCAGCCACUCAUAUUGGAUUAAAAAGUAAUCAAAAAAAAUCAUCGGAACAAAUCAUAAUUAAAGAUAAAUCUUCAUCAUCAAAUUCAAAAAGUGCUGGCACUUCAACUUCAACUGAUAAUGAAAGUGAAUGGUUAUCAGUAUCAUCGGAAGAUGAUCCAACUAAUAAAUCAUUAGAAAAUGAAAAAUUAUUACCCUUACAAUUUAAUAAAGUUAUCCCCACUUCAUCUCAUGUAUCUAAUUUAUCAUCUACAUCCACGGAUAUCUUACCGAUUAUGGAAGAUGGAGAAAUUAAUCAUUUAACUCCUUCUCGAUCUAAUUCAAGAACAAAUCUGAAUUCUCAUUUGAAUUUAACUAAUAAUAGUAGUAGAUAUGGAUCUAUGAAACAACCAAGAUCUUUAUUAUCAGGUUUAUUCUUGAAUGAAAUGGUUAAUAAUUCAAAUUUAAAUGUUGAUUCUCAUGCUACGAAACCAACUUUGAAAAGAUCAUCUACUACAGGGAUAUUAUCAAUCAAACCAUUUGCUCCCUCCACUAACAGCACAACAACAACAAGUUCCACUCAUACUACUACCACUAAUCCGAAUAAAUUAAAAUCAAGUAAGAGACCUUCAUUAAUGUUCACAAGACGUCAUACUUCCAUGACUGACAUCCCUCAUGAUGCUCAAAAACCACCCAUCCAAUUCAAUGAUCAAUUUUUAACCAUUGUGGAAAAUAAUAAUCAAAAUGGGAAUAUUGAUAAUGACAAUAGUAAUGGUACAGGUACCAUGACUACCACUUCUACGUCAACCACCUCUACCACCGCCACCAGUAAGAAAAAAUCAAUAGUGGGGGUUUCUUAUGAUACAGUUACGCUGCUGUCUAAUGUGAAUCAUAAUGAUCAUAGUUUAACUACGGUUGAUAGUAAUAAUGGUGGACAUAAUGAAACGUUAUCUUCAAGUUUACAUCGGAUAUCAAGAUCAGCUUCGAAUAAUUCAAUUCGGAAUUAUUUCACUAAAUCUUCCUUGAAUUUAACUAAAAUUUAUUCAUCAAAAUUUGGAAAAUCUGAAACCAGUUUUAAUUCAGAAAAAUCAACCACUCAACAACAACCAUUACCUACUCAUUUAGAACUGUCAAAUUCAACCGCCACAACCACAGAUUUAGAGCCCCCUCAACCAUUAUCUACAACUUUCCAACCAUCUCCUCCUACUCCGAUUUCAAAAUCUUCUCAACCUUCAUCUAGAUCAUCUUCAUCACACCACCAAGCCAAUCCAAUUGAAAUGUCUCCUAAUACAAAGAAAAAGGAAGCAUUAUCAUCGGAAUUAAGUGAAUCCUUAAAGGAAUCAAUCAUAAUUGAUCAUAAAUUAGGUAAGAUCCCCUUACCUUCCAAAGUAAUCGAUAGUGAUAAACUCCUUAGAGCCAAUGGUAUGGCAGCGAUGGUUGGUGGUGAUGAUAGUGAUUUCGAUGAUUAUCAUUCCAAAGGUUGGUGA